AUCUACAUAACCUCAACAAAAUCAACGCAAUUUAUUGUGUACUUUACGUCACGCAAAAACACUAAUGGAAAUUUUCUGUGAUUCAAGUUUGAAAUUUAUUUAUUAAUAGGAAUUUAAUAGCUAAAGUUAUAAUCAAAUUACAAAUUUAAUAUAUUUAUUUAUAUGAAAAUAUGGCUUGCUCUACAUGUCAAUCUAAAUUUUCAUUUUUUACAAGAGAACAUGGAUGUCCUAGUUGUGGAUUUUCUUACUGCAAUAAAUGUCUAAAGUACAAAUGGCAAUUAUCUAGUGAACCUAUGCAAAAAAUUUGUGGGCCUUGUUAUAAUAGAUUAGCAGCAAAUAAAAUGGAUAAUAAUUAUAAAUCAACAAACGAUCAAUUAUUACCUAGUACUUCAAGUAUUGAAAAACAUCAUGAAAUUCUUGCUCCAAUAGAUGUCGAAAAAAAAUUAGAGUCAUUGGAUAAUCCAGUGAGACCACCAAUUGUCAUGUAUAAGCAAGGACGAUGGGAUAAAUUUAAGUCCGGCUUAGAUCCUGUGGAUCAAGCACUUGUUGACAGAUUAAGAAAAUUAAAAGAAGAAGAUAAACAAUACCCACCUCCAACUACUGAUGAAAUUCGUAGACGAUUAGCCUUACUCAAAGAUCAAGAUCCUGAUCAAGCUCAUACAAAUAUUUAUAAAAUAGAUACAAGAUCAGAUCAAGAAAAAACAGAAGAUUUAAUACAAGAAUAUUUAGAAACACUUCAACUAUCACCAACAAAAGAUUCAACAGAAAGUAUUGAACAACGAUUAAAUGCUUUGAAAGAAAUAGAUCCGUCCAAGUCAUCGUCAAACCUCAAUUCGUCUGAGUAUGACGAAAAAAAUGUGACAAAAAAAUUAAUUGAAAAAGCUUUAGCAGAGGCUGCUUUAGAGAAAAAAUUCAACACAGAAGAUGAAAUAGAAAAUAUGGAAAUUGAAGGCACAAAUGUUGAUCGAGAAUCUGAUGAGGAAAAUAGCUGUGUAAUGUGUGAAGAAACAAAGGAUCUAGUUAAAUGUAGUGGAUGUUACAACGAUUUUUAUUGUUCAAAAUGCUUUGAUGAAAAUCAUGAUGAAUUUGAGCUCCAAACGCAUAAGAAAAUUAUUGCUUAAAUAUUGUAAUGUUAACAAUAAAUAUCUUAUUUUAUUCUAAUUAUUUUUUAUCUUAUUUUGUAAUCUAGAUACAAUAGUUGAAUUUUUGUGGCAAAAAAUGAUUUGCCAAAUAAUUUUGUUUAUGAUACAUUUAUGACCUUGAUAUUCUGUACAAUAUUACAGCGCAAAACGUUUUCUCUGCAAUUGUAGUGAUAGACCUAUUUAUAAAUACUUACACAUUGUCUGCUGCCAAUUUUCAUUUUUUA